GAUGAUUGGUCGGAUAUUCGAGAUAUGAGUGACGAGGAUGCCGAUCUCAAGGAUGUCCUUGUGCGGUCGUUAAAUGAAACGGGCAUACUUCCCAGACUUCAGGCUCAGCUUCGAGCUGCUGUUUAUCUGGCCCUGGAGAAACAUAAUUACAGUCAAAAAAUUCCUCCUGCAAAUGCAUUUCUGCGGAAUAUAUGUUCCACAGAAGAUGGUAAUCUUGCUGUUCAUGGCUACGAUCAAACCGUUGAUGAAUCUACUCGGAAGAAUGGAUACCGGAAUGCGGUUGCAUCUGAUGCCCUCACGGAUAAUGAUUCACAACCAUCGUCCGAUCGUUCGGCCGCCAUACCUUUUUCCAACCUUCAGAAUAAAAAAGUGCACGAAUCCGAUUUUGUUGAUCCCCUGUUACAGGCAACUCCAAACGGUUCGGGACCCGACCAUUCGGUUUUAAGAUCAAACGGUCGGGAAUCUGAUAGUUCUUCUUCCACACAGUCUGCUGUCGUACCUGGUCUUCGAGCCAAUGACCUGCAACCCACUCCAUCCUCACAUGAUCCGGAAAUUCGUAGUCCGUCGUUGGGUAAUGACGCCCUGGAAGUAGCCGAAAGCUUCGUCUACCUCGGGAGGGGCAUAACGACUAGCAGAGGUGUGGGCGAGAUCUCUCAACGCGUGAUCAAAGCUAGAUUAGCGUUUGCUAAUCCGCGGCAUCUCUUGCGCCGGCAUGACAUCCCUUUCACUGAAAGAGCGUGUGUGUUGCGCAGCGGUACUCACUGUGUUGAUAUAUGGCUGCGAAACCUGGCCUCUCCGAGCAGAUCACGUCCAACGACUAUCGGUCUUCGCCAACCGUUGUCUGCUCAACAUCACCCGCGUAUGGUGGGAGCAUCGCGUGACUAA